GAAGAAGAAGUGAAAAGGCACAACCAAUCGAAUUGCCACUCAUUACACAGCCUGGCAGCUAACUAACGGUAGUUACGUUACCACCUAAAUCGGUAAAAUUUCAAUUACGUGUACGUGUCGUAUGCGCAGUGGACAAUGUCUUCCCGGGCUCUGCGGAGGCUCAAAGGGAAACAGCGGGGUCAGGAGGCCUUGGACCUCGGGGAUCUAACUUUGGGUGACAGCUCGGAGGAGCAGCUGGACUCGGCUAAUGUUUCUCCUCCGCCUGAUGGCAAAGACCGCGGCCGAAAGGCGAAGAAAAAUAAAGCUCAGAAAAACUUCAGCAACAUCUAUGAAUUGAUAGGUGAUGCAGACAAUGACGCAGAGAAGAGCUCACCUGAUGAAGAAGCAGAAAAGCCAGCUGGAAAUAAAACAAAUGGCGCGGGAAAAAACAAUAACAGGGAAACUAAGGAGCCAACUAAAAACAAAGCGGAAACGUCUACAAAGUCUGGAGACAGAGUUAAAAAGAAAAAGAAAAGGAAAAAGACCAAACUGACAUCAGAAGAUGCACAGGAGGCCGUACCAGAAGAUAAUAUAGAUUUAUUGCUGCAAAAUCUGGAACAGUCUAAUGGUCUGAGUUUGCAAAAUGAGGAUUGCAGCGGCCCCGAGAGAAGAACUGUGUUACAUGUGGAGCACAGGAACCUCAACCCAGAUACGGAGCUGAAGAGAUAUUUUGGGGCUCGAGCUAUUCAGGGGGAACAAAGACCACGACAGAGAAACCGACAGUUUCACCGAAGCACCUGGAUGACAAUUCCAAAGGAAAGCUGGCCUCGUUUCAGCCGUCCAGGAAUCUCAAUGACACUAUUGCAGUCAAAGGAAGGCACACAGUACUUCACCUUUGAACAUGGUCGGCAGUACCAACAAGUACAGUUCAAGUUCCUGGAUGCUGUCGAGUCUAUGGAUCCCAACAACAUUGUGGCAUUGCUUCAGCUUAACCCCUACCACAUUGAUUCCUUGCUGCAGCUGUCUGAUGUCUGUCGCAUACAGGAGGAUCAGGAGAUGGCCAGGGACCUCAUCGAGAGGGCAAUGUACAGCUUCGAGUGCGCCUUUCACCCCCUGUUCAGUCUUACCUCAGGUACCAGCAGACUCGAUUAUCUGCGUACAGAGAACAGGGCGUUUUAUCUGGCUCUCUAUAAGCACAUGAUGUUCCUGGAAAAGAGAGGCUGCCCUCGGACUGCUUUGGAGUACUGUAAACUUAUUCUGAGUUUGGACCCAGACGCUGACCCACUUUGCAUGCUCCUGCUCAUUGAUUUUCUCACACUGCGCUCCAGAGAAUACCAAUAUCUCCUCCAGUUACAUCAGGACUUGGAGGUGCACAGAAACCUGGGUCUGCUGCCAAACUUUGCAUUCUCCACCGCACUCUGUCAUUUCCACCUUAGUCAACAAGAAGACGUGGAUCCUGAAGAAAGACAGAAAGAAAGAGAAAAAGCUGACGAGAUGCUGCAGAAAGCUCUGAUCAUGUUCCCCGGAGUGUUGAUUCCUCUACUGGAUCUGUGCACUGUGCAGCCGGAUGCCGCAGUCAGCUCACAUGCCUUCUUUGGCCCAAAGAGCCAGAUUGGGCAGCCGCCGGCCCUGGCUGAACUGACGGCUCUGUAUGUGGGGAGGACUCACAGCAUGUGGAGGGAGGCAGCGGUUAUGCUUUGGUUGGAGCAGUCUGUGAAAGAGGUGCUGUGUCGGGUUGAUGCUAAAGACCCUCUGGUAGAUGACUGCCAAAACAAAAAGCAGAGGUACAAGUGUGCCCCGAGGAACAUCCAUCGCCACGUCCUCCUCUCUGAGAUCAAAGAGGCCACCUCAAGUCUGCCUCUCGAGGUGACCAGUCAGCCUGUGCUGGGAUUCGACCCUCUGCCCCCACUGGACUCGGUGACGUCGUACACCCGACCAGAGAGGCAGCACGUUGGUGCAACCAAUGAAAGUACAUUGUCGCUGUUUUUCCGGUCUUUGCUGCCAAACUUCAACCUUCAGGGCGGGCUGAGGCAGGAGGACGACAUGGAAGUUGCUCGAGCUGGACAGGAGUUGAACCAGGAAGUGAAUCGUCUAAUGGUGGCAAUGAGGGACAUGCUGGCCAACAUCAGGUUUCAAGAGCCCCCGAGAGAGGACAACCCCUACAGAGAUGAGGAUGAGUGGGACUGAGGCAGGUGGAGACAGAGGAGGAAGAAAUGGGGACAUUAAGAAAUAUGGAACUAUUUUAUGGUGUUUGAGGGUUUAUAAUAAUUGAGAAGAGAUGAACAACUGUAUUUUAUUAUUUUUAAAACUGUCACAGUUCAACAUAAGAAUGAAAGAAACAGACCCCCGAACAUGGGGAACUUUUCAGUAGCGUCAGGAGAAAAAAAAUUCUGAACUAGUCAUGAAUCAAGUUGACCGUUUUAUUUCUUCAUAGCCACACUCACAGUUCUUCCUCUCAUUUUGGACUUUCAGGCAAUUUUUCAUGUUUAUGAACAGUGGACGGGUUUAUAAAGUAAGAUCCACAUUUCUUUGAGUGACAGUUCUGUAUCAAACAUUUAGCAAUUGAGCAUGGCAGCACUAUAAUGAUUUUGUUUUACUGCCACAGAAUCAAACCGAGCGUUUCCCUCUCCUCAGACUGCUUUCCUACCAAAUAGCUGAAAUGUUUCAAAAUAUGACGAGGCACUCCAAAAGAAAGUAUGUGAAUUGCAGCAUGAAUGUAUAUGGUUACUAAAAAGUGCCUCAAAUGAUUCCAUUAUUUUAGAAAAGUCAAGUUAUUUGUGGAAAUAAUUACUUGAGAUUUAAGUGCUGAGUUUCACUUUAGGCUUUACGAUUUAUUAAAAACUCAUUAUCCAUGAACAUCGAAAUCAAAACUAUUGGAAUUCUGUUCUUCUGUCUUAUCUAAUGAAGAAAUUGUUGAUUAACUGGUUACAUAGUCCGUUCAUUAGACGACAUCAGUCUGAGAACUUAAUGACAUUUUCUUCUCUACUUGUCUGCGUUUCUGAUUCUUGUGUAAAUCUUAUUGUUGCUGCAGGAUGUCAGCUGUUCCGCUCCUAUUCGCCCUCACUUCUCCUCUGUUUGGAAAUCAGUUCCACAUUUCUGAGUUGGAUAAUUUUUGAUUAUUUGUGGCUUACCCCAACCAAUAAAACAGUACAGACAAUUGACCCCAAA